UCAGCGAGAAGAUCCUAGGAGACCGGACGUAGCCCCCAGGUGCUACUUAUAGACACGGCAGCCAUGUAGGUUGCACGUCAAGUACGUGACUUUCUUUACAUAAAACCUCAACCUGCGCGGAGCACAAGGAGAUAUAUACACUUUGUUUACGUCUACUGGCAUUCAUUCACAGAACCACAAUUCACAGAACCAUAGUUACAGCGUAACUUCCAUUGGUUCAUGCUAUAUGAAAAAGACUGAUUCAGAAGUAAAGUUUAACCAACACACUGACUUUUGCAUAAGGGCUGCACAAGAUAUUGCACUUUGUUUCACAAUCUGUAGGUGUUUGUUUUUUUUUAGUUUGAUCUCUGUUUCUUCCCUGUUCUUUGCGCUCUCUAGUUACUCUUUCCUUAAUUUAUUUUUGUAUUCCUGUACAUACUUGUAUCCGUGUGCAUUUAGAUUUCUGUAAGAUUUCUCCUAGUGUUUCUAUGUUCCUCUCAUUUUCUUUCCUCCAUCAUCUCUAUCUCCCCUCUUUGAUCUCAGCUGUUACUCAUUCUCACCUGAUAACUCUCACCUGCUUGCCAUGCCUUUCUCCUCACUUCUCCCCAUUUAAUGUUUUCUACUCUUGCCUGUAUGUUCAUGUCUGUUAUCGCCUGAACCCCCUGUCUAUGUUCUGUGUCCUUCUUCUCCAUGUGACUUUAUUGUUUUAUCAUUAAAAUGGCUCAACUCAUAUGUGCCUCCGAAGUCCUUCAUUGUUCCUGCAAGAAACCACCACCUUAUGACACUUUGCAUGCCAAUAAGAUAUUCCGCCUCACUCUAGAAGAUGCCCACAUUUAAUACAUAUUAUUCACUUUAUUUCUGUCAGUGUUGCUCUAGGAUAAAUAGUAUGCAACUUCCAGUGACAUAGCAGAAGUUACAGUCAAGCAGUUUGUUUUGGUAGUUAAUGAAAAGUAGUGAGUAGGAUUUAUUAAGUCACAGAUUUGGAGUUUAGCUAUAUGUACAUAAAAGUUAAAAUUAAUUUAGUGAUUUAGGCCUUUAACGUGUGUCUUGGAGACUCAGGUACAUAAUACUUUCUUUGUUUCAAUUUCUGACCAUUUAUGAGAUUGUAUCACAUCUAAGCACAAUAUUAAACUUCUGUCACAUCUAUCCUGUGACCUGGUGGCCUUGGGAUUGAGAGAGAUAGUAGGAACAUGAACUGUUUUUCCUUCUAUAAGUGUAAUCUUGAAAUAUUAUUUCUCAUUGUUGCAACUCUCAGUGUUGAAAGCUACAAUAUUGCAGUCCUACAUCUAUACAUAUUCGAACCCUACUCCUAAAUUUUUUGUUGUUGAAGUCAAACAUGUGUCUGUGUAGAUAAGACUUGUUCUCAGGGAAUGAAGUUUCAGACUGAACUUGCAAAAUAACUGACAUUAACUUUCUAUGACAUAAUUACAUGUUUUUUUUUGGCAGCAGCUGUGCCCCAAAUAUUUAUAAAACCUAAACGUUUCUUUCAGUCUUUUCUGUCAUUGUGUUUAGACUUUAAACGAAGAGCAAACUUUUUGUCGAAUAUUUUUAAGCAAAGAAGUCAUAAGCAGUGUGUUAUAAAAGCAGACACCAUGCAAGACUCAUUAGACGUUUGGAGCUCUCCCAAAAAACUGGGUUUACAUUCAGCCCCCGGGCAGAGUCGUGACCAGACAUGGCUAUAUAAUACGUCAUCGAUGCCCGUGGAGAAAACUGGAUGUGUUCAGACUAGGUGCUUCCACGAGUGAAGCCGUCACGUGUCACGUGGAGUUGGAUAAUGGUCGCGUUCACGUGUUGUGGGUAACAGAGGCAGCUGUCACUCCUCCUCCCCUCUGCGGGUUCCAUGAUAUAACUGAAAUCUCUAAAACCCCGUAGCACGUAUAUACCUGCCGUGUCUGCCAGCAGCAGGAACCGUCCCGCCCAUAAACUCUAAGCAUGCUGCACGAAAAAGUUCCUGACACCCCUGUGGAAGUCAUAGUGGAUCUGUUGACAAAGGCUAAGGGCAUAGCUGCAACAUGUGCUGCUGUUCCAGAGGAACUGAAAACUCACCUGAAGAAGGCUCUGGACAUCGCCAGCGGACUGGAUGACUACUUGGAGAAGAUGACCACCAAAGAAAGUGAACAUCUAGCAGAGCUUUAUGAGAAGACGGUGUCUCAUGACUGGGACCAAGUGUUUAAGGAGGGAAAGACUAAGUUUCAGCUUCCAAAGGAGUGCAUCACUGGCCAUGUUGAGGGCCAGGCACUUAAGAUGCUGAUUCACAUGAGUCAUGCUAGGAGGGUCCUGGAGAUUGGGAUGUUCACCGGCUAUGGAGCUCUGUCCAUGGCAGAGGGGCUUCCGGAUGAUGGCUGCUUGGUGGCCUGUGAGUUAGAACCGUACCUUAAAGAGUUCGCUCAGCCCAUCUUCGACAAGUCCCCACAUGGUAAAAAGAUAACCGUCAAGACUGGACCUGCCAUGGACACCCUAAAGGAAUUAGUCGCCGCCGGUGACCAGUUUGACAUGGUCUUCAUUGAUGCAGACAAGAGUAAUUAUAUCAACUACUACAACUUUAUCAUGGACAACAACUUGUUGACAUUGCAAGGGGUUAUAUGUGUCGAUAACUCGCUCUUCAAAGCAAAGGUUUAUCUUAAAGACACGACAGAUAGCAACGGCCUGGCGCUUCGAGAGUUCAACCAGUUUAUUGCAAAUGAUCCCCGGGUAGAGCAGGUCAUCGUCCCUCUCAGAGAUGGUAUCAGCCUUAUCCGGCGUGUAUCUGUGGCCUCAACACAUUUGCUGUCUCAGGCUAACAUAACAGACGACGAAGUUUUCCGUGGCGUCCAGGGUCGUUCCAUACUAAAUCGAAUGCGCCUGGAUGGAAAGGUAGCCUAUGUGACUGGUGGCGGGCAGGGCAUCGGCCGAGGGUUUGCUCACGCCCUGGGUGAGGCUGGUGCCAAGGUUGCUGUUGUGGACAUGGACCGCACCAAAGCUCAGGCAGUGGUUAAGGAGCUCUUCCUUAAAGGCGUCCACGCCAUUCCCAUCAAAGCUGACAUCAGCAAGUCAGACGACGUGCAGAGGAUGGUUGACACCAUCGUCUCUAAAUGGGGAGCGAUCCACAUCGCCUGCAACAACGCUGGCAUCAACAAGAACUCGGCCAGCGAAGACACCAGUUUAGAGGAGUGGGACCAGACCUUUAAUGUAAACCUGAGGGGGACGUUCAUGUGCUGUCAGGCGGCAGGUCGAGUGAUGUUAAAGCAGGGAUACGGAAAGAUUAUCAACACUGCCUCCAUGGCCAGUCUAAUAGAAAACCACAGUGAGAGGCAUUAUCUACAAAUGGAGAAACGUGGAACAGUGCUGAACCUUCUGAAGAGUGGCUGGUAUACCAAAAUUACUCCAAGACAGCAUUGAUGACUCAUCCAGGAGAUCACACAAGAAGCCAGAACAACAUUUAAAGCGCUGGAGGCCUGACUGGCUGCAGUUAGAGUCAGUGUUCAAGAUUCAGCACUAAGAAAGAGAGACUGGACAAAAAUGACAGUCAAUGAUGUCAUUAAAACCACUGUUGAAGAACAUAAAGGUCCAUCUCACAUUCCUCAGAAAGCAUCUUGAUAAUACCCAAGACUUUUGUGAAAAAAAUUCUUUGGACUGAUGAUAUAAAAGUAAAAUGUUUUGAAAGGUUUUUUCUGUUACAUCUGACAUGCAGAUAUUAUUUCAGGCAAAGGACAACACACCGGCAAUCAAAUGAGGUGGUGGUAGUGGUGUGAUGGUCUAGAGCUGCUUGGCUGCUUCAGAAGUUGAACGACUUGCUGUGAUAGAUGGAACCAGGAACUGAUGAAUGAAAAUGAUCCAAAACGCACAAGCAAGUUCUCUUCUGAAUGGCUCAAAAACAGGUUUUAGAAUGGUCUAAUGAAAGUCCUGACAUAGAUAUAUUUGAGAAUGCUAUGGCAUGGCCUUAAACAGUCUGUCCAUUCUUGAACCCUUCCACCUAGUUUUCUUGGCUAAAUUAUAACAAUUCUACAAGAAAGAGUGGCUCAAAAUCCCUCCUCAGUAAUGUAAAAGACUCAUUCUUAGUUAUCACAGACGUUUGAUGGCAGUUGCUGCAAAGGGUGGAACAACUACUUAUUAGGUUUUGUGUGCAAUCCCUUUAUCCCAUAGGACCAGGUUGGUUUUUUUUUUUUUUAUCUUAAUACAUAAAAGUAUAAUGCGAAAACUGUAUUUUGUCUUAUCAUUGUCUAAUAUUAAAAUUUGUUUGAUGAUCCGAAAAAUAAAAAAAUGACGAAAAAGCAAUAAAGGAAGAAAUCUAUAAGGAGGCAAGUCUUUUUUCACAGCUCUGUACAUAUAUAAAAACAUUUCAGGCUGUGUGAUGUUCUUCGUGACGGAUUAAUGGCUCGCUACCUCUCACCUGCACAGCUCAGCUGCAUAGCAAAAUGCUCCACGAUGGCAGCUUUAUUCAGCGAGAAGAGUGCAUCAUUUGAACUUCUUAUCUGCUCAGAAGAAUUCAAAAUGUAAAGUCGUGCCCGAUAAAGAGCAUGUUUUUUCCCACUAGAAAUGGGCAAUAAGUAGCAGGGUGAAUCUUAAAGAGGGCUUUGGAGAAGGCGCUCCUUCUACCUCUUUUUCCCUUCCUUGGGGGAUUACUGCUCUUUAAGUCGGCGAAAACAUCAAUGCAGGUUUAUUUAAAGGAUGAAGGCAUUUUCUGAAUGGUAUUUCGGGGCCGUAUCAUCGGGUCUUGAGCGAGGAUUAGUGCUGUUAGGCAUUUUGAGCUCUGUUUCCUGUCCUGAUAAGUCGGAUUUCACCUUCAAUCUGUGUGUAAGCCGUGGGCUCUGCUCCUCCUCGCCUGCUCCUCCGAGGUCCUAGCCUGGCCUCAUCCGGCCCAACCCAAACUCACUACUGCUAUCCCUCCCACAUUCCUGUGCGAUCCACCUCGGCUCUGCUCGCAGCACCUGUGUCAUCAUCCCUCCAUUUAUUUCUUCAUCGCUUCCUAACUUUUUACUUCUAUCAUGCACAUUUUAACUGAACAAUGUAUACUGAAUGCUUCAGCCGCCUUAUUCCCCUAGAUGGUUUUUUUACCUCUCCACAGCUGGCCGGUAUUUAUCAUCCCGGUCUCACACUGAAACCAUUUGGCAGUCAGAUCGGUGGGUGAUGAGGUUAACUACUAAAGUUGUAUGUAACUUGGAGCCUUCCUUGUGAUGAUUAAUCAACCAGCAGAAAAUGAGCCCCUGUCUCGGCAUCCCAUGCAGUGUGCAGCAUCUGUGAUGGUCAGGGCAAACAAAUGGCUCCCCGCUUUUGUUGCUGAGGACGGAGCAUAACUGGGCAUUAUGAGCAAUUAAUUUUACAUGACUUCAUCCGCAGAGUCCCCAGCAGCGAAUGGAAGACCGCGCACAUGAACCUACAUGCCUUAAUAUAUAGCCAAAUGCUGUUAGCUCUUUUUAGGAGAGUGUCUCUAUCGUUUCUAUCGGAGCUUUUAUUUACAUUUUUAAUACUGGUCGUUUCAUAAAAUGUAGUCAUUUUGUGGACAGUUUUACCUGUCUAACAUUGAGCAUUAGAAUGUGAAGAGACAAUAUUUGAAUAUUGUUUAAAGAAAACAAAGAAUGCCUAUUUCUGUUUUCACAGGGUAAAGAUUUCAUGAAUCACACCCUUGUGAUUUCAAGAGUCUGUCAUCGGUGUUAAAUAGUUCUGUAUAUUUUAUGCUCUAAUUGUAAAUUAAAAAUCGUCUUUUUCUGUUUUCAUCAACAGAAGAAUAGUUAUAAAUCUCAAACUGUCUGUCUUUUCGGUGUAGAAUUAUCUAGGUCAGUUUUGUUGUUUUAGAUUUUGACCUGGAAAUGACGAAGCACAGUCCAGACUCAUUAAGAACCAGUCAAAAGGCCAUUUCAAGGCCAGUUGAAACCUGUAAGGGAGAUGUUAGCGUCGUUAGCGACUAAAGGUUAGCCAGUGUUUAUAUUCUCACAUGGCAAAAAUAAUUAAUAUGUUGUUGGUCAUCAUUUCUUUUUUUUUGUAUUAACUUGUAAGCAGGCAUGAAAAGCCAACACAUGGCGUGACUUAAACAGGACAUGCUGUGUGGAUCCUGGAAGCCCUGCGAGAAGAUACCUGCUGUAGUUGAAUGGGCCUGUGCAGGUUGUUCUGAAAUGCCCUAAUGUAAUAUAAUCAGAUAUUUCUGAUUCUGGAAACUGCAAAACAACAAAAACAAACACAACCUCUUUAUUUAUCGAGUAACUCCAGUUUCUUGUAACCUUUGUUUGAUCAGAAAUUCAAAAGGAAGUUUUUUUAAACGUCUUGUUUGAUUGAUUGGCUCGGUUUAUCUCUAUAUGAACAAGUCUGUAAGGUGUCUCCUUGUAAAAACUUCUAACAUUAUAAACUUUUCUUGCCUCU